CGUCAUCACUGUGAUGGAGGACAAGGAUGAUGGCGGCGGUGCGCCAAACGAUUUGGUGCAGGUGACAGAGGCCAGCAUUGAUGAAGCCAAGCUGCUGCAGUGGGUCAGGGCAGGCUGCACCGGCGGCACAAGCGUCUUCAUCGGUACCACUCGAGACCACUUCCAAGGCCGGCGUGUGAAGACGCUAUUUUACGAGGCGUACAAAAGCAUGGCACUCAAGGAGAUGAGCAAGCUUGCUGCACAAAUGCGUGAGCAAUGGCAGGACAUUUAUCGCAUUGCCAUCGUGCACCGAAUCGGGGAGGUUCCUGUUGGAGAGGCGAGUGUGAUGAUUGUGGCGUCAGGAGCACACCGGCGGGGUGCCAUGCAUGCGGUCGAGUACUGCAUUGACACGCUGAAGCAGACAGUUCCCAUCUGGAAGAAGGAGAUUUACGACGACGGCGACGCAACGUGGAAGAGCAACUGCCCCACGUGCUCCCAACACGCCCACGCGAAACACGCACACACGAGCACACACGCACACAGGGACACCGCCCCCUCUGCUUCAUCUUAGUCAUCAUCAGCUUGACUCUGCUGCACAACCGUGGGAUAGGCGGCAUGGUGGGUUUGGUGGCGGCUCACAGCAUAGCACAGCAUAGCACAGCACAACGCAUCAUAUCAAAUCUCCCACCACACCAUGCACGCUGUUGGUGUUGACAACAAGCACUGAAGUACUUGCUUGCUUGCCGGGCCAUGCGUGUCACACCCGCGCCGCGUUACUUAACAAGCGCUUGCAUUGAAACAGAGUGCGUUUAUUCUUGAUUCCUGCACAUGUGCAUGCAAGCAGGAAAGCAACGGUCAUUGGCAAAAAUACAUCACGUGUCACGCAGCA